AUGUCCACGGAGUCUCUAGAUUCUGCUCUGAAAGAACUUCCUCAAAAUACCUCAAGUGAUGUAAAGUUUGAGUUUAUUUGUCAAAAAUUUUACGAUCUUUAUCAAGAACAAAAAGAAAACACUCUAAAAAGCAAGCAUUUUGAACAAAGUUUACAGCAAUUGCGUAUCGAAAAGGAUCAACUACAAAAUGAACGAAAUCGUUUAGUACUGCAAAAGGAUAAACUUGAAACUUUAUGCCGUGAGUUGCAGAAGCAAAAUAAGGUUAUUCAGGAAGAAAGUUUAUCACGAGCGCGUGCUGAGGAUGAGAAACGUCGUGAAGUAUCUGAUCAUUUUCAAACGAGUAUAACAAACAUUCAAAAUCAAUUGUGUGAAUAUCAGAUAAAAAAUUUAGAAUUACGUAAAGAAAAUCAAGAAUUAGCUGAAAAGUUGGGUGAAUUUAUUAAACAACACGAGAAACGUGAAGAACACGUGGACAAGCUUAUGGAAACACGUGGUUUAGAACUAAAACUCUCUGAAGCAAAAUUGAACAAAGCUCAAUGUCUACUGGAUCAAGAAAAGGCGAAAAGUCAACAGAAAAUUCUUCAAUUAGAAGAAGAAGUCAAAGCUUUGAAAAAUCGUUUAGACAUUCAAAUAACAAUUGAAAAUAAGUUAAAAGAACAGAUUGUAUUUUACAAAGAGAAAUACCAAUCAUUUAAUAAGGCAAUGUCGGAAAGUCGAAAACUGUUUGACACUGCUAAAGACGAAAUGGAAAAGCUCGGUAAACGUAUUCAACGAAGUGAAAGUGAUGCUGUUGAAUGGCGAGGUAAAUGGGAAGUUAGUCAACGUAGUUUACUAGAAUUAGCUGAACAACAUAAAGAAAAAGUGAAUGAAUUCAAUAGUGCUAAUAAAAAAAUUGAAAAAUUGAGUAAUUUAUGUAGAGUAUUACAAAAUGAAUUGAAUGAAUUGAGACAACAACAACACGAGCAACAACAACCGCCGAAGGAACAGUCCCACCAACCACAACUACAACCGCGACCACAACAAGAUGAAUUAUCAAAUGAUUCAUUCAAAACAAAUUCAACAUCUUCUGUUUCUUCUUUACAUCAUGAAAAUGAAAGUGAACAUCAGGAGACAAAAGAUGAUGAUGGUAAUAAUAAUACUAGAGAUAAUCAACAAUCAAUAGAGUAUCAUGAUACUAUUACCAUCGGAUCGAAUUUAGUUGAUCCUUCUUCUUCUUCUUCUGAUGAUGAUGAUGAAAGUGAUAAUCAGGAUGAUCAAGCUUAUAAAUCAUCAAAUGAUAAUUCAAUUCGUACAUUUACUACAACGACAAUUACAAAUUCGACAACAAAAACAACACAUGAAUUUAAUAGUUCAUCAGAUACUAUUGCUCAUUGUACAGGGAACAUGCAUAAGUUGAAGUUGAAUCCUGUUAAUACUGAAACUGCAACUGCUGCUACUACUACUACUACUGAUAUUGAUAAUAAAAGUAGUAAUACUGAAGUAACUUUAAAUCCUGAAGUACAGAAAUCGAUGAAGACCUCUGAUGAAGACCAAUCCCAAUGA